AUGACGGCAUCCACCAUGUUGAUGACACUACCACGUGAUGCCACCGCCGCUCUAGCUGCCGCCGGGGGCUUUGCGCAGGAAAAGAUUGUUGUACGCUUUAAACCCGUUGGCUCCGCGCCCCCGAUUCGACGUGACUUGGUCAAGGUCGCGAGCGCCCAGAAGUUCGAAUCCGUUGUGGCCUACCUCAGGAAGACGCUCAAAGUCGGCGAGGCCGAGAGCGUGUUUUUGUAUGUCAACAGCACAUUCGCACCGUCGUUGGACGAGGUCGUGGGUAAUCUGUGGAGGUGCUUCAAGGAUUCUCACGACCACCUCAACGUCUCAUAUUCAAUAACGCCAGCGUUUGGGUAG